CUGCUAUUAUAGGUCAGUUCAUACGAUGGAUAAUUUAUUGGGUCUCCUUCGUAUCCGCGUCAAACGCGGGAUUGAUCUUGCUGUUCGCGAUAUGAAUACCAGCGAUCCCUAUGCUGUUGUCAAGAUGGGUCGACAGAAAUUGAAGACACAUGUCAAGAAGAAGGAUGUGAAUCCUGUGUGGAAUGAAGAUUUAACACUUUCUGUUUCGGAUCCUAAACUUCCCAUCAAGUUGACCAUAUAUGACCACGACACAUUCAGCAAAGAUGACAAAAUGGGAGAGGCAGAGUUUCAUAUAAACGACUUUUUGGAAGCGAUGGGGAAUGAUCUGAGCGAGUUCCCAGAUGGCUUUGUCAUUACAAGAGUGCCUCCUUCAAGGCAGAAUUGUCUUUCAGAAGAAAGUUGCAUUAUUUGGACAGAGGGAAAAGUCUCUCAAGAUAUGAUUCUUCGGUUGAAAAAUGUCGAACGUGGUGAAGUUGAGCUCUCACUCAAUUGGAUCGAUCUUCCUGGUUCCAGGGGCCUCUGAAUUCUCUAUCAUGUUCAUCUCAAAAGAAAAUCAAAUAUUCAUUUUUUAAACUUAUAUACUAUUUUUAACACUGUUUUUGUUUUUUUUUGGUUUAAACUUAUACAUUAUAUAUCUUAUAUUUCUUUAUUCAGAU